AUGGGUUUAGUUCCCGCUAAUUCCGUGAUAUCUCCUUUUUCCAAUUUGCCAUUCCAACGGAAGGCUUCCAAACCCAUAGGAUUAGGGGUAGGGGAUGGCUCUCAAUCUCUCUCUGAUUUAAUUAAACACCAAACACAAAAAAUCACACCCACCUUACCACCACCUUCACUCUCUCCUUCUCCUUCCCUUGUCUUGUAUAAUACCAUAAUAAAUUCUGUACUUCUUUUCUCUUCCACGCCCCUUCACUCUGUCUUGCUGUGCUCUUCACUCGGUCCCAUUCCAUGGAUUCUUCUGCCUCUGUGGAUGCAUUGAGCAAUGGCUUCAAAAACCACCUUUCUCUGAAUCAAUCUCAUAAUAAUAAUAAUGUUGUCUCCAACCCCAGAGUCCAACCUAAGCAACCCUUUUUCAUUGGUGUUGCUGGUGGCACUGCAUCUGGCAAAACUACCGUUUGCAACAUGAUCAUCUCCCAACUGCGUGAUCAGCGCGUUGUUCUCGUAAAUCAAGAUUCAUUUUAUCACUCCUUGAAUGCUGAGAAGUUGAAAAGGGUCCAUGAGUACAAUUUUGACCAUCCUGAGGCCUUCGAUACAGAGCAUAUGCUUUCUUGUAUGGAGCAAAUAAAGCGUGGACAGGCAGUGACCAUCCCAAAUUAUGAUUUUAAGACCCAUCAAAGCAUAGAACCAGCUUGCAAGGUUAACCCCUCAGACAUCAUCAUCUUAGAAGGAAUAUUAGUUCUUCAUGAUCCUCGUAUCCGCGAUCUCAUGAACUUGAAAAUCUUCGUAGACACAGAUUCUGAUGUACGGCUUUCUCGGAGAAUUCAACGUGACACUGUUGAAAGAGGCAGAAAUAUCGAGAAUGUGCUUGACCAAUACGCCAGAUUCGUGAAGCCUAGCUUCGAAGAAUUCAUAUUGCCAUCCAAAAAAUAUGCAGAUAUCAUAAUCCCUCGAGGAGGAGAUAAUGAUGUUGCAAUUGACCUGAUAGUACAACAUAUUCAUACAAAGCUUGGCCAGCAUGAACUCUGUAAAAUAUAUCCAAACGUUGUCGUUAUAUUCUCUACAUUUCAGAUACGGGGAAUGCACACCCUAAUUCGUGAUGCCAAAACAACAAAGCAUGACUUUGUCUUCUAUGCAGACCGACUGAUUCGCCUGGUUGUGGAGCAUGGACUAGGUCAUCUCCCCUUCAAGGAAAAGCAGGUUAUUACUCCAACGGGAUCUGUAUACAGUGGAGUUGUUUUCUACAAACGGUUGUGCGGGGUUUCAGUCAUUAGAAGUGGAGAAAGCAUGGAGAAUGCACUCAGAGCAUGCGUCAAGGGAAUAAAAAUUGGAAAAAUCCUCAUCCAUGGAGAGGGUAACAAUGGUCGAGAGUUGAUCUAUGAGAAGCUACCAAAAGACAUCUCAAGCCGCCAUGUGUUAUUUCUUGAUCCUGUUCUGGCUUCAGGAAACUCUGCCAUCAACGCUAUAUCUCUGCUCCUCAGUAAGGGUGUACCAGAAUCCAACAUCAUCUUCCUUAACCUUAUAGCAGCACCGGAUGGAAUACAUGCCCUCUGCAAGAGAUUUCCGAAGCUAAAACUUGUUACAUCAGAGAUUGACGAAUCUUUGAACGAAGAUUUACGUGUGAUUCCCGGCAUGGGGGAGUUUGGAGACCGUUACUUUGGUACAGAUAAUGAAGACGGUACCAUUUCACGUUCAACGACACCCAAAUAAAUGUUAAUUUCCUUUGGGUGUGGAAGAGCUGGGGCAUUGCUCAGGUUCAUUCCAAUGUCUAAUAAUGUAGCAAUCGCUGAAAUUUUGCUGAGAUUUUGUUCAAUCAAUCGUAUAAAGUCUACCUAUUUGAGAUGUUUGUUAUGCAUUUACAUAAUACCAACAAAUAGAUAUAAUACAGAACCCAGUUUUGUUAGUGAAA